ACAAACAAAAUUGACAUUAUAAAUGCAAAUUUAUUACCUUUUUAAUGUAUGUAUAAUGUUUAAUGAUGACAAUGGAGACACAAACUGCGCAUGUGCUGCAGGUUGCCGCCUUCUUCACUGGGCAAAAAUGGCGACACAACUUUGGGCUUACUGUUGGACACACACGUCUUCCAGGAGUCUGUGAAACGAGAUGAGGACUUUGAACGCAUCAUGACAUUAUGACUGGAGGCCACCACGCCGUACGAAGAUCACCAUCAUCGGGGUCCGACGACAAGUAGGAGCGGCCUCCUCAUUUGUGCUCUGGAGAUGGAGAUGACCAAGCGCGCCAUGCAAGUCAACUCCAAGGUGGACUGUGGGAUCAACAGAAACGGCGGGGAAACUGCUGAGGUGUCCGUGCCUGUGUCUCUUCCAGUGAAGAGGACGGCUCACAUGGAAGGAGACGACCUGUACAGACUGCGGGGCAGAAAGUUCUUGUUGGAGGACAAAAAGCGGCUGUGCGCGCUGUCUUUGGGUGCAGCUCUGUUCGGAAUACUGCUCAUGAUCAUCCAUACUGAGAUGUGUCCCUUCCUCUAUACACCGGGUUCAACCAUUGCCUUAUUCAUCAACUGUUCCAUCAGUCUGUCUACUGGGUGUCUCCUCAUCUUAAUCAUAGCGUUCCAUUAUAAGGACAUCAGGCUUUUCAUCACAGACCACAACCAGGUGGACUGGCGCAUUGCCAUGACCAGCCACAGGAUCUUUGUCAUCACGCUUGAGCUAUUGGUCUGUGCUAUCCAUCCCGUCGGCACCUACUGGGAGGUGUGCCUUCACUGCAACUCCUCUUCCUCAUCUCCACUGUGUGAUUCUGACCAUAAGAGUAAGACUUUGGUGGAUUUGGAGCUGCUUCUGUCAGUGCUGAUGUUCCUGCGCUUGUACCUGGUGCACAGAGCCGUGUUACUGCACAGCAAAGUGCUGCUGAGCGCCUCCUAUAGGAGCAUCGGUUCGCUCAACAAUAUCAACUUUACCUUUCGCUUCGUACUCAAGGUACUGAUGAACAAGUACCCUGCACGCACCCUGCUCGUCUUCAUCCUCUUCUUCUGGCUCACAGCAUCCUGGAUGCUGACACUGUGUGAGAGGCAGACGCAAGGGUCCACCGAUCACAUGGAAACAGCCUUGUGGCUCAUCGCCAUCACCUUCCUCACGGUGGGCUACGGCGACGUGGCACCCCAUACUCGUUGUGGCAAGUCGGUGUGUCUCUUCACUGGAGUCAUGGGUGUAGCCUGCACUGCCAUGCUGGUCGCCGUGGUAACCAAGAAGCUGGCAUUGAAUAAAGGAGAGAAGCAUGUGCACUUUUUUAUGCUGGACAUCCAGAUUUCCAAAGGGAUCCGCCAUGCUGCUGCUAAUGUGCUGCGUGAGUGCUGGCUGCUACACCGAGCCAACUUGACAAAGGGAAGCCGUGGGGAACACCGUCGACACCAGCGAUGUCUCCUGGAGGCCAUCAGAGUAUUUCGCCACCUGCGUCUCAAACAAAGAAAACUGCGGGAUUACGUCAGCGAGAUGGUGGACCUCCCAAAGGUGACACCUCCAUCCACACGCUUCACAAAGUACCUGCGGCGCUUUCGUCCAUCGAUAUCUACAAGCGGUGAGCUACUACGUCAAGAUGCUGCCACCAUUUGGAGAACCAGGUUCCUAGGAGCUCAUGGUGGGCGUCCAGCACCAAUCAUGAUUGUGCAAUCGGACAAAAUGAGCUUGUGGAAGGACCAAAGUACAACAACUUUUUCAUAUACACUGUCAAGCUUCAGGGCUUGUACUUUUAGUCAUUAUUUAAACACUUUUCCUCCACUAGUGCCUUAUUCCUGGGGAAUAAGAUGUUUUAUUUGAAGCUUCUUGCAAUAUUUCCUCCGUAUAAGUAACCUUGCUAGUUUCAUGAAAGCUUUAUAGUAGCUUAUUUUCAAAAGUAUGAAUCAAUCCUUCUAGCAAAACCCACAAAAAGAGGACAGAAAACAUCUCUAACGUAAAGCCAAAAUUAUGGGAUUCAGGAAGUUUGGACAACUGGUUUUGCAAGCUGGCCGCAUCUCAGUGACCCAACAGCUCUAUCUAGUGGAAAUCCAAGGAAUUAAAAUAACUCGCAUUGUAAUAAAAUCAGGAUAUAUCAUCAUUCAUGGUAUACAGGUGCAGCUAACAAAUAGAAUAUAUUUUGAAUAGUAAUUUAUUUCAGUAGUUCAAUUAAAAAUUGUGUGACAUAUUUCAAUAAUGCACUUAUUAAUCAUGUUGAUUUAUAAUAUAAUCAUAAUAAUAAUAAUCAAUAUAUUUAAAAAAAAAUUAGGAAUCUCAAAUUCUGGAACUUUGGACAACUGGUUGCAAGCUGGCCGCAUCUCAAUGACCCAAGAGCACCAUCUAGUGGAAAUUAAAGGAAUUAAAAUAACCCACAUUGUAAUAAAAUCAGGAUAUAUCAUCAUUCAUGAUAUACAGGUGCAGCUAAUAAAUAGAGUAUCUUUUGAAUAGUAAUUUAUUUCAGUAAUUCAAUUACAAAUUGUGUGACAUAUUUCAAAAAUGCACUUCUUAAUCAUGUUAAUUUUAAUGUAAUUAUAAUCAAUAUAUUAAAAAAAUGAGGAAUCUCAAAUUCAGGAAGUUUGGACAACUGGUUGCAAGCUGGCCGUAUCUCAGUGACCCAACAGCGCCAUCUAGUGGAAAUCCAAGUAAUUAAAAUAACACAUUGUAAUAAAAUCAGGAUAUAUCAUUCAUGAUAUACAGGUGCAGCUAACAAAUAGAAUAUCUUUUGAAUAGUAAUUUAUUUCAGUAAUUCAAGUAAAAUUUGUGUGACAUAUUUAAAAAAUGCACUUAAUUAUGUUGAUUAUAAUAUAAUCAUAAUCGGAAUAAUUAUAACAUAAUAUAAUAUAUAUUACAUAUAAUUAUAAUAUAAUCAUAAUUAUAAUCAAUAUAUUAAAAAAAUAGGUAUAUUAAAUGUGAAAAAUUGUCAAACUGCUCAGCAAAUGUAGAAAAAACUUUAAUUUGGAUCAAACUCCUGAACUCAAGUAACUUUUGCACAAUAUUCCAAUUUCUUAAGAUGCGCUUGUUUGAGCAGGUUAUCUCACAAGCCAAAACAAAAAACAAAAAAUUGCCAGACAUCAGUGAUACCUCAUUGGAAAAUAAGCACUUUGUAAGAAAACUGUACAAACUCUUUCUCCAAAAGGACAAACUGGAACCUUGUUGUGCUUUAAAAACGUAAUACUGACACAAAAAAAGGUGACAUUUCUUGUAUUCUUAUAUGUUGUGAAAAGAACUUGGAACUUUGGAAGCCUGUUUACUGUUGUAUCUUUUGCACUUGAAUAAAAACCUGUGCUGAACAUUA